AUGUCUGAAUCAGACUCGACUACGACGAGUGGUUCAACGACUCCAACGGCAACUACACCUUCCAAAGCACCCAAAAUAUCCUCUCCACUCAAUCCGACUCGUUCCCCAGCAAAUUCCCUUCCUUCAUCAAGUCGGCCGCCCCAAUUACCCUCACCACCGACAACGGGGCGACCAAGAGGCCAUUCUGCCUCACUUGGCGCCAGUCAUCGGUCCACUUCCCCAUCGCCAUUGCGUGGGGGACCGGCCCAGACCCCGAGGACGGCCUCACCUGGGACCAGUACAACCAGCUUCGGAAUGGCGCUUGAAGUUGCCUCACCAACUGGCUCAAGAUCACGCUUAGAUCUACCCCCAGAAUCGCCAACCUCCACUUCCCGCUCCCGUUCACGCUCUCCACAACCACACGAUCGACUCGUGGCCAGCGAGCUGCUCGAGCACCCACAAACACCACCUAAUGCUCCGCCAUCAACUUGGUGGGGCCGGAAUAUACGGAAGGAACGACCAUGGCGCGAGCCAACAUCGCCUGACGCGUCGCCGACUCAGAGCCCGAAGAUUGCACCCACAAUUCCGAAAGCAGUCAUACGGGAAGCAGCUGGAACGGGUAGAGCGGGUCAAGCAAGGGCAAAUGCUUCAGAUGAAUGGGAUGACGACCAUCACUCGCUGUUUGCGGCACCGCUGAAACGGAAGCAGACGGUCCCAAAAGAGCAGACAGAGGGCUGGGAACAUACUCGAGAGCGCGUCAGUCAAGCGUUGCGAGAACUACUUCCAACUGCGUUGCUAAUAACUCACGACCUGCUUGAAGUGGGUGCCGAAGUCCUGGAAUUUGUGCCCAUUCCAGGUUUGGAAGUGGCAGCCUCUUUAUUACUCAAUAUUUGGGACACCGUCGAGAAAGUCGAUAUGAAUCGUCUUGCUUGCCUGCGAUUGGUAGAGCGGUCAGCCAACCUGCUCAUGUCCGUCGUGCAAGAGGUACGGAGUAUGGGGAACCGAGUAGAGGCGGACAUGCAAGAACCUUUGCAAAAGCUUGUCGAAACUUUCACCCAAGUUCGGGACCUCCUCCUAAAACAAGCCCAUCGUCCGUUUUUAAAGCGGUACCUGAAGCGAGAGGAAACCGCUCGUGCUAUCUCUAGUUGUGAUACAUCGCUAACGGAUGCAUUGUCGAUGUUCUCCAUUAGCGUUCAAAUUCGCACAUACAAGCAGGUAGUUGGCCAAGAGGCCCGCCGGGAAGCGGAGAAUCGUGCUCUCAUUGACGCUAUUACUCGGGCUCAGCAAGGAAAUGCUCUCGGGAUCAGUAUCGAGCAGAAUCAGCUUACGCCUCGUCCUAGCACGGCAGACCUGCCUCUUGACCAUCGGGACCUCCUUCCUGCCUUGCGCGACAUCCAAAUCUCCCAAAAUACCCUCGACUCCGUGCACGAUAUGGCAGACCUGCGGGCGCUGCUACGAGAUGCCUUGGCUCAAAGUAGCGAUGUGGAGAUGUUACGCAUCCUGCAGGUUGGACGAGCUGAAAUGCCCGAAGCCCUGAAGACACUGCAACGCGCCCUUGAACGCGUUAGUGCAGUUCCAGCCUCCCCAAUCCUACCACCGGCUCCUCCUCCCUAUACCGCUCGUGGCGCAACUGUCGAGCGUUCUGGCACUUUGGACAGCUCUGAUAGCAGCAGCAGCGGUAGUGCUGGAUACGGAACGGGCCGCGACACGCUUGAUAGGGAGUUUAUCGAGGGAGGAAUAGACGCUUUGAGACGGAUGAGCAAAGGUGGACCAAUGUUACCCAGUUGGACCAUUACUCGCUAUGAAGUCGACCGCGAUGUCAAGAUCGGCAUUGGUUUCUUCAGCGACGUGUACAAGGGCACCUGGCGCGGCAUGACUGUUGCAAUCAAGUGUCUCGUCGAGAGUACUCCACGGGACUUGUUCUUACGCGAAGUCAAUAUCUGGAAAGAGCUCAAGCAUCCGAAUGUGCUCGAGCUUUACGGCGCCAGUGGGGCAAGCGGAGACGGACCGUGGUUCUUUGUGUGCCCCUAUAUGCGGUUUGGAAGCCUCAGUACAUUCUUGAGGCGGGUCGCGCAACAGGGCGACGAGGUUAGGGACGGAAGGGAAAGCGAUCUGUUAAGGUUCAUGCAUGAAAUCGCCAAGGGAAUGGAGUACCUUCAUGGAAAGGGAGUUUUACAUGGUGAUCUCAAGACGGCCAAUGUACUCGUCGACGACCGGAUUCACUGUCUCGUAUGUGACUUCGGUCAGAGCGAGAUGAAGUCCGAAGCAUUCCGUAUCAGUGGGACAGCUCCUCCUCAUGGUACUCUUCGAUGGCAAGCGCCUGAGCUGAUGCUCGGCUCCGAUGAGCUUACUCCUGCAAUGGAUGUGUACUCCUAUUCCAUUUGCUGCAUCGAGAUCCUACUCAUGGGUCGAUUGCCUUGGCCGCUUAUGGGGGAUGACGCUGUUAGGAACUUCGUUCUUCACGACAAAACACGGCCGCAGAUUCCGGCUUCGCGGUAUACAAGUCCUGCCCUUGAACGAAUCUUGCGACUCUGCUGGGCGGAAGACCCUUCUGUCCGCCCACGGUUUUCCACCAUCGUGAAAGAGAUGAAGCAACUUCGACGAGAUGCCGAGCUGCCCUUUGCUGGCUUUGCAGACGACUUCAUCUCGCCACCAGUGUCUCCAAAUCGCCCUGAUUGGCAUGAAAUUGAGGAGGUCAGCUCAAGACCGUCGCCUGAUAUGCAUCCGGUGCCGCUGCCCAAGACUCCGCCGAUGGAUGUGCCAGUUCCAUUCCCGUCGCAAGUAUCAUCGACAUCCCCGGAACCUUCCUCAAUGUCGUCUUACCACACUGGCCUGUCGCAUUCUCAUUCUCCAGAGAUGGUCGCCCAUCACGAAGAUACUGUCUCCUCCUCUGGCACAGAUGUUCCAGAGCCAGUUGUCUUCUCGGCGACAGCGUCGAGCGCGUCUUCAUUAUUCACGCCAAGUACAAAAAGCUCGUCAGCAGACGACCUCCGUGACUUGCUAUUGAGCCAAAGCGGGUACGAGUCGCCUGUCCCGAUGGACGAACACGUGAUAGAAAUACGGAACGAGAGAAGGUAUAGGAUGCUGCUGGUGCACGAAUUCCACCCGUCAUUAACUCUCGCACUUUGGCAUCCAACUCCAAUCGCUCUGGGUGCUGUUGGUUUCCUGCACAAGCCCAGCGGGAACUUUGUUACGCUGUUCAACUGCUUCUACCCCGAGAGGUCGACUACCGCCAACGGAUCGGCCAACACUGGCGGUUACACUUUACCGUCAGUAUAUGGCUAUGGCAGAGUCUCCACGGGAAACCAGCGACAAGACAAACGGACAGCGGCACAACGGGGGCUUGAUGCGAUUGCGGGCCUGUUAACGUUCUCCGGUGGGAGUAAGAUCGCGAAAGACGGUGGUGUCACACAAAACGUCAGUCGACGAUACUCCUUCCCGCUCCGUUCCGGCCACAAAGUCGCGUAUUUGUGCACGGAAACGACUGUUUACAAGUACAUGGAGAGCUUGGAUGCGCCGAAGAAGUGGUUCCGGGCCAACAUCGACUCGAUCAUGAAGCAGUAUGGGAGCUUGCACCAAAUUCAGAAGGAGGACGUAUAUCUCGUCAUUGGGACCCUGGACACACCAGACUACGGCCUGUUUGUGAGCCACAACCACCCUGAUGGGCAAGCGCACUUCAAUGUGUACUCUUCGCCCAAAGGCGCCCAGCCCUGGGGGACAUUCACGACCGAUUCGGAGCUUGAACAGGGGGGACCUUCCUACAACGAGCCGAUCCAUGGCACGCCGGUUUCUGCGAGCAAAGUCUCCCAGGCAGGUGGACCAUGGGAGACUGUCCUUGUCGCGAGGCUGAGAUUCAAGCCGGAUGUUUUGGAGCCCACGUCAUUGUGA